GUGUUUUCGCUAAAAAGAAAAAAAAUCUAUUCCUGACCCGGCCCUGCCCUUGGUCGCCGCCGUCGCUAGGCUGCGGCGCCGCGCUCUGUUCCUCACCGGCGGCCCCGACUCCUUGCCGUCUCCCGCGCGCCACCAUGGAAAUCGUGGAGAACGGGGAUGCGAUGGAGGUUGCGGCCGCGGCGGCAGAAAGUGCGUGGCCUGGUUCCGCCCGCCGCAGCCACCUCCUCCAGUUCCUCCUCCACGCCUCAAAUCGGCUCGACCUCCGGCCCGUCGUCAAGUACUCCGCGCUCGCGUUCUUCGCCGAACGCCUCCUCCCCGCACUCCCGAGGAAGAUAGGGUUCUGCGGCGCACGGAGUGGCCGAGCCGUGAGGUCGUGGCUACUCGAGCCCCUAAGGGACAGCAACCUGGAGCUCUUCGCGCUUGUCGCGGUGUGGAUCGCCAGCAAGGUUCAUGAGAUGAGACCACUGUCAGUGAAGAGCCUCAAGGCACUCAGCGAUCGCAUCAUCGCCGACCAGCAUUUUACAUGCCGUGAUUUUGCUGAUGCUGAAUUGGUGUUCAUGGAGGUGGUGGAUUAUAAUAUUGGAUCUUCAAACAUUGCUUUCAUAUACCUGGAGGAGCUUCUCAUUCAGUUCAGGGAAAUAUCAAAGCUAGGUGAUCUUUUAAAUAUGGAUGUCUGCAUGGAAAUUUUGGAUGUUCUUUAUGAGACUGAAGAUACCUCAUGGCUCUUCAACUCUCCCUGUCCACUUGCUGCUUCAACUCUUGUUACUGCAUAUGUUAUGUCAGUGCCAAAGCAGACAUGGGAGUUUCCAAUCCUUCCUUGGGUCCAAUUUACUACAUCAUAUGCUGAAGAAGGGAUCAUGAAGAUUGUCCUGACAAUUCUCAUGCAUUUGUUCAAACCAGAUGGAAUCAAAGAGAAAAACAAGAGCGAUUUCAGUAUUUGAGGCUUAUUUUGAGUCAGUGAUGUGUAUAUAACACAAGCGAUUGUGUCCAAAUUUUGCUGAUGUAAACGUUGUGUAGCUAAGUACUUUUGUAGAAGAUAGCGCACCUUGUCUGUAUGCUACAGUGUUGAGAUUAAUAUCUGCAAAAUGUACUAAUGAAUUAUGCUGAUUAACUAA